UGUAGAAGCAGAGUAGAGUCACCAAACGUCUGCCAGGAGAAAUUGUCCUCAGUGCCGGAGGGUGGGCGGCCAUUUUUUUGUAGACCAUAGUAGGAGAAAGGAGGGGUGGAGUUUAGCUAAAAAAAAAAAAAAAAUCCUCCUGGAGGGGGUGUGAGGUUUGCAGAAUGUGUGUCCAGUGAGGAGAAGCAGUGACGGACAUACAGAGGAGUGGGAGUAUAUAGAAGGACUUCAUGAUGGAGAACCGUCCACCCCUCACAUCACCGGAUGGAUCCAGUAACAGAAAUUCCCCAGAGAGAUGUCCCCGUCCUCUGUAUUCCUGGGACUCCACACAGGAACAUCAGGAGAUCCCUCAGGAGGAUCAGGGUGAAGGCCUGAUUGUUGUUAAAGUUGAAGAUGAAGAAAUGUUUGAGGGGAGUGAUGAUCCAUGUAAGGAGGAGGAAAUCCCUCCAGAGAUCAGCACGGAUCCCGGAGACACCAGAGACCCUCAGAGAGAUGCCAAAGCUGAGGAGGAGGAAGAAGGAACCGUAAGGAUUAAAGUGGAGGAAAUUCCAAUGGAGAUCAGCACAGAUGGACGAUACAGAAGGUACAACACAGAAGGACUUCCCAUUGUCUCCCCAGAUUGUCAAGCAGAUGAUGAUGUCAAAUCUGGUUCUUUGGAAGAGAAUGCCAUUGGCCCAGAUCUUCAUCCAGCACCUCACAGCGCAGAUCUAUCCUCCAAUCCGACCCAGCCUCCUGCCCAUCAUGUGGCACGUACAGGGGGCGAAACGUUCUCGUGUUCCAUAUGUGGAAAAUGCUUUGUCUGUAAGGCCAAACUCAUCUCCCAUCAGAGAAUUCACACAGGGCAAACGCCAUACUCUUGCUCUGAAUGCGGGAAAUGUUUUUUCCAGAAGUCGUCUCUUAAAAUGCACGAGAAAGUUCACACAGGAGACAAGCCGUAUUCCUGUUCCGAGUGCGAGAGAUCCUUUUCCGAAAGAACAAACCUUGCUAAGCAUGAAAGGACGCACACGGGGGAGAAGCCAUUUUCCUGUUCCGAAUGCGGCGAGUGUUUUACCCAGAAAUCCACUCUAAUUAGACACGAAAAAGUCCACACCGGGGUAAAGCCCUUUUCCUGUUCCGAGUGCGGAAAAUGCUUCACAGAGAGGACCACUCUCGUCGCACACCAGAGGACUCACACGGGGGUGAAGCCGUAUUCCUGUUUUAGUUGCGGCAAAUGUUUCGCCCAGAAAGCAACUCUUAUUAAACAUGAAAAGGUUCACACAGGUGAGAAGCCGUAUUUGUGUUCCCUGUGCGGGAAACGUUUUACAGAUAGGUCGCGUCUCGCUAACCAUCAGAAAACUCACACGGGAGUGAAGCCGUUUGCAUGUUCCGAAUGUGGAAAGUGUUUCACGGAGAAGACGUCCCUCGUGAGACAUGAGAGACUUCACACCGGGGAGAAGCCGUUUUCAUGUACGGAGUGCGGAAGGUGUUUUACUCAAAAGUCAACUCUUGUCAAACACGAGAAAGUCCACACAAGGUGAUUGGAAAUGUAAUACUUCUAUAUAGAUUUGUUAUAUAAAGACUAUGGAUCCCGCUGACAUCAUCCUGCACUUCUUAGAAGGAAAUGUACAGUGUAAAGUUUCUUUGGAGCUUGCAAGGUGGAACUUUUUACAUGGUAAAACUAAGCUGCUCUGCUUAAAAAAGUUGUUUACCAAGCUCAGUAGCUGAAGCUCAGAUUACAAAUGCUUUUGAAUGAGUAAUGCCACGUACACACGGUCGGAAUUUCAGAUGGAAAAAGUCCAAUGGGA